UGAUUUGGUCAUUCGGUCGUCGUCUGUCGACGAAGAAAGUCCAUUCUUUCUCCACUUUGUGUCAGUGAAGUUAGUGAAUCAGUUUUCCUGUCAGAAUAGAUGGUGACCAUUGGAAAGCGGGUGAUAGUCAUGGAGAGAGCAUUGGAAUUUUUAAAUCGGCUUACAAACUUACAUCAGUUUCACUGUGAUGCAGGUCAAAUACCGUUAUUUAUCUGAUUCAACUAUUCUUUCUAAUCAACGCUAUUUGUUGGACUUCUCUCCGAUUUGGGUCGAUGCCCUCAUACCAAACUUGAUUAAGUUUCCUUGUCCAUGACUUAUCGUAGAAAAGCUAACACGUGGCCAUUUUUCUUUCGUGCCGCUUUCCCGUUUGUUAGAAAAUGUAAUUGUAAGUGACUUCCCUGAAUAGACAUUAGGAGUGUCCAUGCACAGAAGUAUUCCCAGUGUUAAAUAGGGAUCAAUUAGAUCUUGUUACAAGUGAAUAUUCUCAAUGCUCUCCCUACCACGGGAAGGUGACUUGAAUUCUACUGAAUGCUGCAUUAUAAACGAGGAGCACAAUAUGAAUAAUUCAGACGGUUUUACUGAAAUGGCCGUGAAUUUACGGGAGAAACUGGUAUCGAUCUAGAAAGGAAGUUAUCGUUCUCAAACUUGGAGUAUAAGCGUCGUUAUCGUUGAUUCCUGAGUGGUACGUGAAGGUGCAGAGGAAAAUGCCAACAUAUUCAACACGUCAGCAGGAAGAGCUAUUGGAAGAGAGCCCCGCGUUUGCGAUUGUGCCGGUUGAUCACUUCAAAGGUAUUGGAAAGCCGAACGCCAUCGUACGUCCUUUGCUGCAUAACAGAGAAGUAAUCGAGGGGCAACACAUAAUUAACCUACAUCCAGAUUAUAAGCUGAUACAUGAUUUAGAAGCACAAAUAAUUCGCAACAACGCAACCAAUAAAAUAGUGAAAAGUGAUAACAACAAUAACACAACUAACACUACAACUGCUGCCGCUAUCCCAAUAAAAAGAACCGAUCGUGGAAGACACAAUGAGUUUACCAAAGAACUGGACGCGAAAUUGAGGAGACUGCAGAACGAUUCAUCAAAGCGGUCGUCAAAAAAUGGAAGUUCUCAGGAUGUCAACAACAAGAAAAAACCGCUCUUCAUUACGACCGUGCCCAAGGGCGUUUUCCUUAAACCGAGCAAAGAACUUCCUACAAUCGUUCCAUCGGCGACCACCCUGAGACGUCUGUAUGCAUACGAAAGCCGUCCAAGGAUUCUGACCACUAAUAGUUUCAACAAUAACAAUAACGAUAUCAAGCAUCCAAACCACAACCAUCAGCAUUUAUGCAAGCAUGGCAGCCAUCAUCAUAAAAUUGCCAUUACUCAGUCCGAGUCGGAACCUAAUGUGGCGAAAGCAACUGCGUUCGCCUCGAAUGCCGGCACGAAGCACAACUGCACCAAUCGAAAUGCAAGAGACCAUCAACAUACCACCUACCAAAAUGUGAUGCACGAUCGAAGAGUCGUCCGGGGUAGCAAUUUCACCUCCAGCAACAUACAUACGGGCGAUGGGGACAGUCUUCAAAAGGAAGCAGAGGCACGUCGAAGGCAGUUGGUUCGUAAGAAACACGUGGCCCGCAAUCAACGUGGAAUCAUCGGAACUCCACCUGCGGUACGCGGUCGCAAACAUGAAAACGUACAAACCGAAAAGUACCUCGAAGAGAUUUUCAUUCGCCCACCGGAGAUUGACGCCGGAUGUCAGACGGAUCUCUUCCUGCAUAGGCCACCCUCGCCACCAUACGUACCUCAAAAAAUCGGCCAUGACGUUGGAACGGAAAUUCUCGAGGGAGAACUGUUCGACUUUGACACCGAAGUACAACCAAUCAUAGAGGUCCUUGUCGGUCGUACAAUAGAACAGGCGCUGAUCGAGGUACUGCACGAAGAAGAAAUCGCCGAAAUGAAACGCCAACAGCAACAGAUAAUGGCCAUCAGGGAAGCAGAACUUGCCGAGCUUCGGCGUCUUGAAGUGGAGGAUCGUAAAAUACAGGCCGAGAAAGAGCGCCGAAUAUUGCAGGACAAGAUUGCUCAAGAUCUUGACAGAGAAAUGCAGGAACGUAUCACAGCUUCGAAGCUACUACAAGGUAGAAUCGAUGACCUACUGCCAGACGUGCUAGAGGCCGUGGAGAAUAUCAAGGAUGACAAAGAUCGCGAGGAAUUCGAACGUCAAAUUACUCCUUGGCUAGCCAAGGAAGUUGCUCAAGAGAUCGGUCAAAUGAUUGACUCUAAAGAACUACUUGAUGAUAUAAUCCGAGAAGUCCUCAUCCAAAAGAAAUGGAAUCUAUUUGGCACACCCACUCCUGAGAUACAUGAUGACAUUCCAGAAGAUGAAGUAGAUUUUGAGGAAGACCAACAACAAGGAAAUGAAUCAGAAGCUGAUCUAGGCGAUGAGGUUUCGCAUGAAAUGGAUGGCGAAGAAAUUGCAGAGGAAGCUGACAAUGAAUUAAUUUCAGAACAGGCAUUAGAAAAUGACGAUCCCGAAAUGGCUUUGUGAUAAGUUUGCCUUCGAUCAACGACAAAAAUUCAUAGGACGUAAAACAUAAAAAAAAAAUCAAUAUCAAACCAAGAGUCUCAUAAAUUUUAUAUUGUGGUCAAGUAGUGUUUACCGAUU